AUGGUGCGAGAUUUAAGGGUACCCAUGGACCAGGGCUUGGAUGUCGAUAUUACACCCAGGGAGCCUAAAAAGUUACCCAAACAGGCUCGUGAAGACCAGCCUCGGACUGCGGACCGUUCACAUCACUUAUCUGAACACAAAAAGCCCCGCCAGCGGUAUAUGGAGAAGGAUGGCAAGUGCAACGUUCACCAUGGCAACGUGAAGGAAACGUACCGCUACCUCAGUGACAUGUUCACCAGUCUGGUUGACCUCAAGUGGCACUUCAGCCUGUUUAUUUUCACCCUCGUGUACACAGUCACGUGGUUGUUUUUUGGACUCAUUUGGUGGUUUAUUGCCUAUCUCAGAGGAGACAUGGAACACUUGGGGGACAAGGAGUGGGUUCCUUGUGUGGAGAAUCUGAAUGGCUUUGUCUCCGCUUUCCUGUUUUCCAUCGAGACAGAGACCACCAUUGGCUACGGCUACCGAGUUAUCACCGAGAAAUGUCCCGAAGGAAUAGUUCUGCUUCUCAUACAGGCAAUCUUGGGUUCCAUCGUUAACGCCCUCAUGGUGGGGUGCAUGUUUGUAAAGAUAAGCCAGCCGAAAAAACGAGCCGAGACCCUGAUGUUCUCCAACAAUGCCGUGAUUUCCUUGCGAGAUGGUAAAUUAUGCCUGAUGUUCAGAGUAGGAGAUCUCCGAAGCUCCCAUAUUGUGGAGGCCUCCAUCCGAGCCAAACUCAUCAAAUCCAAGCAGACCAAAGAAGGGGAGUUCAUCCCGCUCGAUCAGACGGACAUUAAUGUCGGCUUCGACACGGGAGACGACCGCCUCUUCCUGGUCGCUCCGCUAAUCAUUUCACAUGAAAUCAAUGAGAAGAGUCCGUUCUGGGAGCUGUCCCGUGCGCAGCUUGACAUGGAGGACUUGGAGAUCGUGGUCAUCUUAGAAGGCAUGGUGGAAGCUACAGGAAUGACGUGCCAGGCGCGCUCCUCCUACGUGCGCACAGAGGUCUUGUGGGGACACCGCUUCACCCCGGUCCUGUCCCUAGAGAAGGGCUUCUAUGAGGUGGACUACACGACCUUCCACGAUACCUACGAAACCCCCACCCCGGGCUGCAGUGCCAAGGAUCUGGACGCCCUCCACGGAGAUCGGCUCUUCUACCCUCUGUACACUCCGCAAAGGAACAAGGGGGCGCAAAACGGAGCGCCCCGAUCCGAGGACACCAAGCUGACCACACAACCAGACUGAGCUCCUCCUCCUCGCAUGGGGUCUGCUGCCCCCUCCGGGG